AUGAUCUAUUGCGAAUUGGAUCCUAAACCAGAGUUCUACAUCACGUCUAUGCGUGUGCUGUCUGCGAUUACACUUCCCGUGGAUCUGUUUGGUAUAUACUGUAUUAUUUCGAAGUCUCCACCUGUGAUGAGAAACUACUCAUUUUUACUGUUAUUUUAUCAAGUUUUUGCUACGAUCACCGAUUCAUGGACGAAUCUCAUGUUUAUUCCAGUCUCGUUUUUCCCAUUUCCAAUCGCAUAUCACGAAGGCUUGCUUUUGUCAGGAGUAGACGUGGACAUCUCGUAUAUGCAUGUGAUCUGGUUUUGUCUAGUUGUCUCUACGAUGGGAUCUGUCGUACAACUAUUCAUCUUUCGAUGGCAAAAUGUUCUUUUGGAUAGUCAUCCUCUAAAAGUAAAUAGGAAGUACAUGUAUGCAAUUUGUUCGACUAUUUUUGUUUUAUUUAAUGUUGGCAUAGUGGUUCAAGGCCAAAAUAUGAAAAAUCUAGCCAACGAACUUCGUCCACAGUACUUGCAGAACUAUUCUUGUAUUGCUUCUAUAGUCGACAUCCCUGGACUUCAAUAUUUUGCUCGCGAAGAACUUAGAACACUGUUUCUGAUUGGGACUUCUGAAGCAUUCGUUGUAGUUAUAAGCAGCUUUACACUAGUAUACUUGACGUUUCGGAACCUUCGAAAUGCAAAUUUAUCUAAGAAGACUAUCGAAAUGCAGAAAAGGUUUCAAAAAUCUCUUAUGAUACAGGUUACAAUUCCUCUCCUCAUUGUUAUAAUCCCUGGAUGUUCGGUUAUGUCAGUGGUGUGGAUGGGAGAUUUUCGUUCAGUGGGCUCAUUUGUCCUUGUUAUCCAAAAUGGAAUUAAUGUGGCGCUUUUUAUGAUUGGGACACAUGGGUUUAUUGGGACAAUAAUAAUGAUCAUUGUCAACGAGCCAUAUAGACGGUUCGUUGUGGAUACGUUAAAGAAGUCGCAGUGCAUGUGCCACAUAAGAAAAGUGGAACCUUCUCGCCGAUUAUCAAUGGAUCCUAUUCAUCAUCAGUCUCGACGGCAAACUUUACCUAUCGAAGCCUAG